AAUCUAGUAAAACUUUUCAGUUAAGUAAAACAUAAUUUAGUCAAAAUGUUUCGCUUAUCCUUUCUACUUCUUUUCGUAGCAAUCGCUACCAUUUGUUGUACAGUUCGAGCCCAAGAAGUUGUUGAAGAUGACGAUAAAGGUACAAGAAUUAAAGGUGGAGCACGUGCUAGCCAAGAAUUAUUCCCAUAUCAAGUUUCACUCCAAUUCCGCGCUAUGAAAUAUGUAUCAAAGAAAAUAUGUUCUGGUAUGAUAGUUGGCGAAGAAUAUAUAGUAACUGCUGCACAUUGUGUGGACUUUUGGGAAGCCUCAGUUCGCAACUAUAAAGAUUUAUACGUAGUUGCAGGUGUAACAUAUGCUUUUGAUUUGGCAAGUGCACAAGUUCGUGCAGUUAAAGAAGCAUUUAAGCAUCCAGAAUAUAAAGUAUACGAUAAUUACACCGCUGUAAAUGACAUUGCUGUAUUAAAAUUAAGUUCACCCUUAGAUUUUGGACAACUUGUAGGUCAAUGUGAACUACCAGAAGAAGAUUUUAAAAUUGAAGGCUCUGGUAUUAUCAGUGGAUGGGGUGCAAUAAGAAAUCCACCAAAGGCACAUCAAUCAAAAGACUUAUUAUACGCUAAUGUUACUACAGUUCCAAAUGAAGCUUGUGAUUUAUUAAAUGACGGUGCUACCCAAUUUUGUGCUGGUGGUAAAGAUGUUAAUGCUUGUGGUGGUGAUUCUGGUGGUCCAUUCGCUGUAAAAACCCCUGAGGGAGUAGUUGUAUGUGCUGGUGUAAUCAGUUAUGGUGAACAUGGAUGUGGUGAUAAACCAUCAGUCUACACAAAAAUUUCCGCAUUCACAGAUUUCAUUCGAUCAAAAAUGGACAACUAAUGCUACAUAAUAUCUUAAAUACAAUUUAAUAUAUUUG